AUGAGUAAUCCUUUUUCUAAGUACCCUAAAGAAUCUUGGUGGGCUUAUGCGGAUUACAUAUAUAUGAAUCAGUCACCUGAUUUUCAAGGUUUAGUCGAAGAUUUAUCGUUCCAAGAAUUGUUCCCGUUUCUAAAAAGUAAUAUCAGUCCAACAUUUUGGCUUGGAUCGUCUAAAGCUCAUACCAUUUGUCAUCGAGAUACCUACGGAGUUAAUCUGGUAGUACAAAUCAAAGGGUCCAAACGCUGGAUAUUAUUUCCACCUUCGGAUAGCCCACAUAUGUAUGAAACUCGAUUACCUUUAGAAGAAUCUACUGUUUUUAGCAAAGUUAAUUUCACAUUACCUAACUGCAAAAAACAUCCUCUCAUAUUAAAAACAACUCCUUAUCCUGUAACACUUUAUCCAGGAGAUAUUCUUUUUGUCCCAAGAAAUUGGUGGCAUUUUGUUGAAUCAUCAUCUGAAUAUGAUUUUACUUGUUCAGUAAACUUAUGGAUUGACCAACCUUCACUUGAUAAUAAAGCACGCCUUAGAGAAUGUCUCACACAAUUAGUCGGCUUCUCUUUGUUAUCUAAUUAUGAUCGUAGUGAUCAUAAAGUUUUAUUACAUCCAUCUGAACAAGCAACAUAUGA